UAUCAAUGGAACAAUCCAGCACUGUUGAUGCAGGUGUUGGAACGCAAGGACCGCACCGGCCUCGGCAUUAUUUCGGCGUGUGUGGAGAUGUUGAUGAGUGGUAGAUGAGCACCGGCACGCUAGAUCAUAACAGCAGCUCAGAUGUUGAGUGAAAAUCAAAUGAAAUAAUCCGCUGCUAGUGCUGUACUGGCGUUGACGCCCCGUUGCAUCCGCUGCGAAUUUCAAUUAAAGAACGAGGGCAGUUCCAUCGACCGGAUGUUGCAGGCCAGCCGCAGUGUACAUGACAUGAUGCUGGUCGCGUUACCCAGCUCCACCAGCUAACGACGACUUCUUUGAAAUCGCACCUACUUGCAGCUAGCCUGUAUAAUUCGCAGACGACGAAGAUCUCAGCUGCAACAUUGCCGAGACCACUGCAUUGGUUGGCUGCUCCUCCAAUCAAGAGCGCGGCCGUCAGUUCAUCUAUUUCCUUGAAGUAGUCCGAGGACCUCUAGUGCCGUCUCCUCCUCUCCUCGUCCUCCGCCAAACAAGAAAAUGCCCGAUAACCCCCACGCGGAGCAGAAGUACCCGUUCCGCAACACCCUCCUCCGGUACAAAAUCCCGGCCCGCCGCUUCCCCAAGCAGGACCAAUGCCGGGAUCUUGCCUUGGAAGGUUUCGGCUUCGAGGAGGUGCUACACGUGCUGCAAUUGAUUUACGUCAACUGCUACAGCAUCCAUUGUGGGCUGAACGACUUCGACUAUUUUUCCAUCCAAAAACUCACCGACGCGCUGCUCCAGCGCCACCCGUACGUGCUCUAUUUGGAUUUGUGGGGCAACGCGAGUUUGCAGGAUCACGGGGUUUAUGAGUUACUCCUGAAAAGAAGUUCCCGGACCAGCCCGAUCUUCCGAAAUCUGCGGGUCUUGAACCUGAACCGCUGCGGAUUGUCCAACAUCGGGAUGUAUGCAUUGCAAAUAUGUCUGGGUCUGGAAACAUUAACAUGUAGCUCCUGAUCCGCAUUUCAGAUCAGAAAGAAAUCUGUCAUGCAUGGACCGCAAAAGUUGCUCAUUUCUUGUCACCAAAAAUGGAAACUUGUCAUGCGCAUUAGGCACCCCGUAACCUUCUCGACGAAACCACCUGUGAUGCUAGGGCUUCGUUGCCAGAUCUUCUGCGCCAUGCAAAAAUAGCAUGACACUUUCCAGACCCAGACAUAUUUGCAUUGAAUAGUACGUCGCACGUCUUCCGCUUCAUGCAGGUCAACGCCGGGUCCAAAUUGAAUAACAUCCGCUGUGUGUUAUGCAUUGCAGAAGGUCGUACUAUCGCACUAUUGCUAAAGCGAAUUAUUUAUCGCACUCAUGCAUGACAGAUCCGUGGCCUAAGGGAAAUCAGCAUGACAAAUUACAUCUUUUCUCUUCUAAAAAUCUGUGUUGCAAUUUGUCUCGGUACAACAACGAUCACUUUUGCAAUGCAUACGUGUCCUUCGCCAACAACAAGAUGGGCGGGUGGUUGAGUUUAUCCUGUGCAAAAGUAUCGUACUCGUACUAAUCGCAGAUAUGCAUGACAAAUCUAAUUCCCAACCUAAAUCCGCAUGAGAAGUUCCAUUUUUCAUGCCUAGGAAAUUACUUAUUUGUUAUGCGAUUUAUACUAGUACGAUACUUUUGCACAGGAUAGAGUUCUCUAGGCGGUGGUACUGCAGGAACCACGGGUCAGAAUGUCGGCAAUACAGCACCCUCCGGACCGCAACCGCAGCAAUCACAAUCCCUUUACCUGAACAACUUGUCCCUGCUCGCUUUAGAUUUAUCCGACUGCGAACUGGGCGCGCGGGGGAGCGCGAUUCUGGCGACCUAUUUGAAGCAGAAUUUCGCGUUGAAAUUCCUCGGCGCGAGCUUCAACCGGUUAAGUGGCAACGGGGUGGGGCGGGUGUUGGAAGCGGUGCUGGGGCAGAUGGAAUUCUUGAAAGCGAACAGACGAGACGGAAUGCUCGUACCAGAGACGAGGAAAGGGUACUACUUUAGAAUAUAGGAAUGUCCUCGGACUUGUGCAAGAGCUGCUGCAUCGCUUUAAUCAGAUAGAAGAAGAUGAAACAACUUGUGAUGCAAUUUCUGCACAAUUAUAUCGGAAUUAUGGAAAAUCACAAUCAUCAUCAGCCUCCAGCGCCUCUGCAUGAGGGGUAACGGCGCUUUAGACCGGCGGUGCAUUGCGCAGCUGUUUCAAAUUCUGGAGCAGGCGCCCUUCCACGGGGACCACCGACUCGAGUACUUGGAUUUGAGGCUCUGCAUCGUGGAUCAACUCAUCUGGUCGAAAUUCCAGAGCAUGAUGCGCGACAGCUAUUGCGACUACCAGGAGUUACGAGCGAUCUUGUGGGAUGUGUCGGAGAAUGCUGGUAGGUGGAUUUUUCGACAUCUUCACAUGUCGUGUGGUUGUGAGUACUAUCUCGUCAAAAUUGUUGCAAGAACGCAUCAGAGUGUGCGUAUCAUUGUUCUUGCUGCACGACUCUGCAUGACGAUUUGUAGCCUUCUAACGCGAAGACCAUCCGAAAAAACAAAACCAGGCAUCGACAACGGUGUGGAGCAUGAUGUGAUCACGAGCGAGAUAUCCUCUGCAAAAGUAUCGUACUCGUAUAAAUGCAAGUCUUGCGUUACAAAUCUUUUUAUUAAGGCAAAUCUGCAUGAGAAAUUGAAACUUCAUUUCUCAUGCUAAGGAAAUUUGUAUUGCAAUUUAUACUAGUACGAUCAUACUUUUGCAAUGCAUACGAGACGCACGGCUACGAUCUCCGCAAUUUCGUUCUCCGCCCCCCCACGGAGUAUAUCAAAUGUAAAAAUGUCUGGGUCUGGAAGAAUGCAACUUGUGAUGCUAAAUCUCAAGCAUGCGUAAAUCUGUGUUGCAUGAUUACCAGAAGUCGUUCAGUUUUGACCAAGGCGGGAGGGAGUUUGUCAUGCAGGAUAGGCAUGAGAGAGAUCGCGCAAAAUCUGUCAUUCUAGGUCCUGCAUUCCAGACCUCAUGGGUCAUGGCAAAGCUGCGUGACAAAUCGCGCAUUCUUCCAGACCCAGACACUUUUACAGUUGAUAGAGUACUUCUACGACCAAAUUUCCCUCAACACCCUCCGGCAGAAAGACAUUGACGGCGCUUUGGAAGUGACGAAACUGUUCCCCCCGCACGGGAAAACGAGACGAAACUUAGCGGAGGAAGAACACUUGCACCACCAAGAUUUAGCCGUUUUGGAGAUGUACGGGAACUACGGCCAGCAAGGGGGCGUGAAUUCUUCCGUUAGUACACCAACAAGAGGUCACUUCUCCUCGAAUUCCCAGAUCCAUGGUCGGAGUAGAUCUGCACAUCACCAGCAAAGACCGUACUCCUCGGGCGACCAGCCCCGACCCUACCCGGUGUACGUCAAUCCGAAUGCGAAUUUGGGCGGUAGCGAAAUCCACCAGUUCCAAAACGCGCCGACAGUGACGAUUGGCAACGUUACCAGGCCGAUGUCAAGCUCCUCAAGCCGCGCGAGCAGCAGCACAACUAACGCGAACCGAAGCCAGCACCAGCCAAAUUUGUCGGCGACCCUGCAGGGGCAGGCGCAAAUCGUGGAGGAAGUAGACGAGGGGCAGUUUGUGAUGGAGGAAAGUGGCGAGAAAGUUUCCCGGGUGUUGAAACCGCUGCAGGAGGAAAUCUCGGAGGGGCUGCAGAAGGGAAUAGAAAAUUCGUCGCGUCUGAGUAAACAGGUGGAAGAGCGGGAUCGGUGGAUGGUGACAACGUAUUUUGGAGACCAAAGACCCAUGUCGCCGGGUGGAGUGGUGCUGAGGCCCCCGAUAAUACCGCCGUCAAAGGUAUGUUGAUACGGUUUUUUACUGGCUUGCUGUUUAUGAUGCACAAUGUAAAUGUUGAUGUUCAUGUUCGUAUACACGCAGCGUAAGGUUUGUCAUGCGCAAGCACACACGGUUUCUAGCUGAAACUUCUCACCUGGUGAUGAAAAACGAUCAAAAUAAUUAUUACUUUACAGAUCGACCCAACCUCUUUGAUUCCCCCGGAGCAAAUCGACAAGAAAGAGGUCCUAUCCUGUGCAAACGUAUCGUACUCGUAUUGCAGUCAUGCAUUACAAGUCCUUUUCUUCAGGUCAAUCCGCAUUACAAAUUCUAUGGCUCAUGCUGAGGAAAUUUGUAAUGCAUUUAUACGAGUUCUGCGAUGCUUUUGCAUUUCAUAUCUCCGGCCCCGGCUGUCCGCGAAAGGUCCAGAAGAUUACCGAGGGCAACAUCACCUUUUCCCGAGGCCCGGUUCAUCCGGCGGUAAUUUCGAUCCUCAUCUAGCGUCGCCGCAACACUCUCAAUCUGGCAGUCAAAUUCUUUCGUCCCUAUCCUGUGCAAAAGUAUCGUAUUCGUAUAAAUGCAAGUCCUGCAUCACAAAGUUUUUUCUUAUCGUAAAUCCGUAUUUCAAAUUUGGUUUCUCAUGCAGAGGAAAUUUGUAAUGCAUUUAUACGAGUACGAUACUUUUGCAAUGCAUACUCCCCCGGCUCUGACAAUGGGAGAGAACUACUACAGCAAGACAACAGUCGCAGUAUCCUGUGCAAAAGUAUCGUGCUCGUAGUACAAAUCCCUUUUUCAAAGUAAAUCAGCAUGAGAAAUUCCAUUUGUCAUGCUGAGCAAAUUUGUCAUGCGAUUACUACUAGAACUAGUACGAUGCUUUUGCAUUUCAUACGCAGCGAGAGCCAGCAGUACAGCCGCAGUCAAAACCACCCAUUGCAGGCGAUCGGGAUUACCGCGAACAAUCAUGCUGGAUCUAAUAACGCAACCUCGCCGAUGCAGAGCUCUAGUGCGAAAAAGUCCGUGAUUCACAGGAGACAGAGGUUAAAAAAGGAAUUUGGCGACUUUCAGGACGGAGCUCUCGUCGGGGCGCGAUCUAUGUCGCAGCCGCCGAUUCAGCGGUCGGCGGGGCAGUAUGGAACCAAGGUAAAAAUUUACCACCGGGGCGAGGAAAGAUACAGGCUGAAACGGAACUUGAAGAACGAAGUGGAGGAAUUCGAACGAGUUGCCGCUAUUUUGGAAAAGGAAAAAACCUGGCUGCAGUAGCUUGAAAUGUUAGGAAGAAAGUGAAGCUGAUUGAUACUAAUCGCCCAAAUCCAUUGCUAUGACACAAUUUUAAACAAGAUAAGACUCAAAUUACAACACCGAUACGUUUGAUAGAAGGUACUAAACUACGCGACGCUUCCAGCGCUUGUAUGAUGUUUGUGCUGCACCUACAACGGUCCUUGUAUGAUACGACUUUCAUUUCUGUACGAAAACUAAUUAUGUGGAAUGCAACAAUUGUGCUGAUGUUUUGGAAAUGACAUAAAAAAAUCCGACACGCCACUCUCCUGGUUUGUAACAACAGUGGGAUACACGACGAAGAACCCAU